CGCGUGGACCCCACCACCUCCCUCCAUCCCCGCGGUUCAACAACUAUACAAGCGCUACGUCGCCGGCUCGCCGUCGCCGCCUUCCUCACGACUCUUCGUUCUCCGAGCUUUAAGCUCUCCUGGCGACGCGACACCAUGGCAUCACACAACUCCUCAACGUCGAACCCUAACCCUAACCCCACCCCCUCCGCCCCACCGCUCUACCCGACGCUCUCCAUGGCAGACCUCGCGCCCGUCGCAAUAGGGCCCACCUCGUCGCCGACAGCCGCUGACGAAGACAAUGCCCCUCCGCCCUCUGAGGACGUCCUCCUCCGCCUCCCCGGCACGCAGCUCCACCUCAUCGACCGCAGCCGCAGCCAUCCGCUCGCCGCUGGCGAUCUCUCCCUCCUCCGCAUCCGCUCCGGCGACACCUCCCUCGCCGCCAUCGCGCUCCUGCCCCCGAUCCAGUGGCCACUCGCGCGCGACGUGGCCGCGGUCAAGCUCGACCCUUGCCACUACUCCUUCUCCCUCACCGUGCCCGCCUCCCCCGACGACCCCAACCCCGAGCCGCUCCACUACGGCAUCACGCUCUCCCACCCCGACCCGCGCCUCGACGGCCUCCUCGCCACGUGCACCAACUUCUCCGUCCAUUCCGUGGUCGGGACCAAGGAGUUGGAGAAUAGGGUGCGCGACGAGGUCGAGGCCGCGGCGUACUGGACGGCGGUGGCGCCGAACGUUGAGGAGUACGGCGGCGCGGUGGCCAGGGCGAUCGCGACGGGCGCAGGUCACUUAGCGAAGGGCAUACUUUGGUGUGGGGUGGUGACGGUGGAGAGGCUCCAUUGGGGAAAUGAGGUCCUCAAGAAGAGGAUGCAGCCCGGCGACACCAACGCCGAGGUCAGCCCCGAGAUGCUGAGGCGGAUCAAAAGGGCUAAGAAAGUGACCAAAAUGUCUGAGAAAGUGGCAACUGGGAUAUUGUCUGGAGUUGUGAAGGUCACUGGCUAUUUUACAAGCUCAGUAGCCAACUCCAAAGCUGGCAAGAAAUUUUUCAGCCUACUGCCUGGAGAGAUUGUUCUUGCUUCUCUUGAUGGAUUCGGGAAGAUUUGUGACGCGGUAGAAGUGGCUGGAAAGAAUGUCCUGUCUACAUCAUCAACUGUAACGACUGGGCUUGUAUCACACAAGUACGGAGACAAAGCUGCCGCCGCAACAAACGAAGGGCUUGAUGCCGCCGGCCACGCCAUCGGGACGGCGUGGGCGGUGUUCAAGAUCCGGCAGGCCUUGAAUCCCAAGAGCGUUCUAAAACCCACGACGCUCGCCAAGUCCACCAUCAAGGCGAACGCUGCUAAGCUUCGCGCGAAGCACAGCAAGUAGUCCAGCGACACACUGCUUGCCACGAGCAGUCGUGCAUCUUGGCUGAUCCCGAGUCCACGCCAACAGAGGCUUGUUGGUUGUUCCAACUCUAGGUGUUAUUUGUUAGAGCCCCACCUUAGAUGGUUUAUACAACUAUUUUUAAUUUAAAAUAAGGAUAAUAUGGUUUAAUCAAAUACUACCAAUCUUCUCGGAGCUUUAACUCCAAAAUCUUUUGAGCUAUAGAUGACACUUGUAAUAAUUUUUGGAGCUAGAGGUCUGCUAAAUAGAUUCUUAGUUUGGCAAAUGCUUUGGUUUUCUCACGAUACACGGGUCUAAUGUUAUUAGUUUGGCUUGUAAGUGUCUGUGCUGGAAAUGAAAGCAACUCCUGAUACGGCGUCCCUUUCAUGCCGAUGUAAGCAACUGAACACUGAUGACACUUGCAAUGUUUAUUUUUGUCUUCCGGACUGUACCCGAGCCACCGGGGUUCUAA